AUGCUUCCACCUCCUCCUGAAGUACAUAAUAGCACCGAUGAACUUUUCCAUAAUGCACAAAGAUUUGCAAAUUCUCAAGGAAAAACAAGCACCAGAUUAAUCGAUUGUCCUUUUGAAUUGUAUGCAACUCGACGAAAUGGCUUGUGGCACUUGGAGGUUCGUAAUACUAUACAUAAUCAUGGUCCCUCAAAUGAUAUGUCAGGACAUCCUAUUGUUUGUCGACUAACAGAAGAACAAAAAGAAAGUGUUGCAAUAAUGACUACAUCCAGUUCACAUCCCUGUGAAAUUAUAUCAACAUUUCGACAAAAUGAUCUGUCAACGUUAGUCAUUAGCAGUAAUAUUUAUAAUAUGCAUGCCCAGCUUCAGCAACAAAAUCUGGCUGGUAGAACACCUAUUCAGGCUUUAGUAGAUGAACUUCAAGAAGGAGAUUUUUUAUAUAAGUAUAAGUGUGAUAAUAAUGGUUCAGUUACUCACUUAUUUUUUGCACAUAAAGAAUCGAUCUCUCUUAGCCAUCAAUAUCCUAUAGUAAUUCUUAUAGAUUGUACUUACAAGACUAACAAAUUUAAAAUACCUUUAUUAAACAUCAUAGGUAUAACCAGCUUCAAUAAAACUUUUUUUUCUUGUUUUAUUUUUAUAAAAGAUGAAGAGGAGGAUGAUUACAAAUGGGCCCUUACAAAUGUUAUGAGUAUAUUUGAUAGAAUGCAAAAACCCAGUGUUAUAGUAACUGAUAAAGAGUUGGCACUUAUGAAUGCCCUCAAAAUUAUCUUUCCCAAAUCAACAAACCUACUUUGUGUGUGGCAUAUUAGUAAGAAUGUCCUAAAAAAUUGCAAGCCGCAGUUCCCUAAAGAAACCAAUGAAGAAGAAAGUGGUGAAUGGCAAAGUUUUCUUGCAAAGUGA